UCUUUCACAUUCCAUCACUAUCCCAUUCAUUCACUUAUUUCGUUCUAGAUUCAUCACUACUUCCUACCCCUCUCUCUCUGCAGAAAAUUAUCUAUAUAUAACAGGACUGGAAACCCUAAUCCUUCACUUAUAAUCUCUUCUAACUUUGCAGAAGCUCUAAGCAGAGAAGCCUUAGUUUGUCACCCUAUGGAUUACUAUCCCAGUGAAUCCAACUCAUGGUAUGAUGUUUCCCUCUCUACAUCAUCAACGGCCGACACUAAUAGCAAAGGGAGGAAAAAAGCUACCGGGAAUGGAGGAAAGAAGAAGAAUAAUAACAACAAAGUAGUGAAGCUCUCAACAGACCCACAGAGCGUGGCGGCUCGUGAGAGGAGGCAUCGUAUCAGUGACCGUUUCAAGAUCUUGCAGAGCUUAGUCCCUGGAGGAACAAAAAUGGACACAGCGUCCAUGUUAGAGGAAGCCAUCCACUACGUGAAGUUCCUUAAGACUCAGAUAUGGCUUCACCAAGCCAUGAUGAGUGCCAUGGCUGAGGAGGAUGAUAACCUUUCUCUUCCUCCUAAUACUACCUCUCCUGACUUCCUCUCUGCAUCUCUUCUUCCCCCUCCUCCAGACUCGGCCUGGUCGUCGGUGGCGACACCUAUAAUGGCAGUGCCGGUGGAUCCACCGAUGAACCCACCUUCAUCUCUGCCACUCUAUCGCUUUCAAGCUAAUGAAAAUCAUAAUACCAUGUUCUCCACUCUCUCCCUUAAAAAAGAGUUACCCCAUUAGAGCCUUAGAGACGUCCCUCCCUUAGGUUGUCUGUAAAUGUCUUGCGUCUCUCUCUCUCUCUCUCUCUUCUCUCUCUCUGGUGUACAAGGCAGGAAGCUACAUUUUGUAAAACCUAAGUGUCUUGUAAUCAUGGUAAAAUCUCUUCUUGGUAAUGGUUCAUCUCGUUCUACUUGUGCAA